UCGCAUGUCAAGAGAUGAGAAUAGGAAAAAAUAUGAGUCACUUCAAAUCAAGAGUGUUCUAUACGUAAGUCUCUUAGCCAUGCGUACCACGGUACCUAUCGUCAGGCUCCUAUUGAAAAUAUCUCUUAUUGGGCCACACACAAAUAGAGAUAUCCUCAUAACUCCUGCCGGCGACGACCGCACACUAUGGCAGCUGCGUCAUGAUUCACACACGUACUUAUAUGAGACUCUUCCUUGUGUAUGCUUUCACCAUCAGCUCGUUAACACAGAUUAUAAUCGUCUGAAACGAAGAAAUACCGAAGCAACAUCGAUCGCAUCACUCAACCUCAGCAUGCAGAACUUCACUCUUGCUUACCGCUGCAUAGGAAAGGGUUUUUGCGGCAGUGUAUGGUCCACUAGCAGCCAGAACAAGGACGAAGAACAAACCGCUAUCAAGCGCGAAGAUGGUGGACCAGGACGAUCCCUUAGAAACGAUUAUACAAUACACAAACUCAUACUAGAAGCCGAAUUGCGCCAUCCUCUCUCGUCACUUCCCUCCAUCCCACGAUGCCACGCGCUAAUCGAACCCUCUGACACACAGUGGUCGGAGCCACAACUACCUAGAUUCCCAAAAGACUACACAGCCUGCAGAGCCCUCAUCUCCGAACGCAUCCCAGCAGUCCCGCGAUCCAUCAGUGACAAAGUCGUCGAUCUCUUCUGUGAAUCCAACGCCGAGCUCUCACACUUUGUGAAGAACAACCCCGACGACGACUGCUGUCUUAUCCGACCGUAUCUAGGCCGAAGACGCCGCUAUCGCCAGGGAAGUAGUGAGAAUUCUUCGCGCUUCCACAGGUUCAGCCUAAGAAAUGUACCCUUCCACAUCAAUCAGAUGGAGGAACUUGGUCUGGACAUCGCAUCCUACGCAGGAACCAUGGCAGACGCGCUCGCGCUCAUGCAUUGGGGUGCGCGAAUCGACGCAAACGAUGUUGAGUUCGUACUUGCGCCCCCGAGAGAAAGUGAGUCUUCGUCUUCGUCCUCGUUUUCUUUGGACUAUCUGGGCAAUCACCGCGUGUGGAUGCUGGACUUUGACUGCUGUCGUCCGCUCUCGAUGGACGGCGCGGGAAUCGAGCAAGCUUGUGCGGCGUUCUUUAGGAAUGAUCCUUAUUACCCGCGGCCUGGAACGGGAGAAGAGGUGGACGAGAAGCUUUGGCAAGUUUUCAAGAAACGGUUUUUGAGGUCUAGUCACGCUAUUUUGGAAGAGCUAGCGGAAGUUCGAUUGUUCGAACUACCGGAGAUGUUAUUGAAGAGGCUGGAGGAAGAGGGACGCUUGAGACAGAGUUUGAAGGACGCCUUGUGAAUUUUCAUCCGUCUUCAGCCAGCUCUCAACCUCUCUUCUUCUACCAGAUUAAGAUCUAGGAUUUUCACACGGAUAACAUCGCCUAUGAUGGUAAAGACCCCGGAGAACAAAUUGGUCCCAAGCCAACGGACAAAUACGAAUGGUUUCAGUGAUAUCAGGUACUACAAGCAAGUAACUUACACUCGAUUCCCAGAGGAAUUGAGAAGUGGGAUAGUAAACCCGAGAAUAUCAUCUCCUCGGGAUCAAUCAUCAAUCUCUAGUCUUCAGCUAGUCAU